AUCUUUUUCUCAAACAAACAACUAAUAUCAAUCAAUCAAAUUUCCCCUUUCCAUUUCAUCACAAAAUUAAAAAAUAAAUAAUACUAGGGUUUAUUAUUGUCUUCCCUAAUCCGGCCGGCCAUUCCACCGGAAAUUCAUCAUCCUCCGACCUCUUUCCGAGGAAAAUACAUAGAUGGCGGGAAGUCAAGGAGGUGCAUCGAGGAGAAGUAGCAUGUCUAAGAAGAAAGCUUCUGAGACUACUACUUCUCGAAAAUCUCUCACUACUUCUCGUUCCAUGGGACUAAGUGGAGAGCGUACCGUUAAGCGAUUACGACUUUCAAAGGCGCUGACAAUACCUGAAACUACAAGUGUUUAUGAAGCCUGCCGUCGGAUGGCAGCUCGUAGGGUUGAUGCUCUGCUUCUGACGGAUUCAAAUGCAUUACUGUGUGGAAUUUUGACAGAUAAGGAUAUUGCAACAAGAGUUAUUGCUCGUGAGCUUAAUCUUGAAGAAACGCCUGUUUCUAAGGUCAUGACAAGAAACCCAGUUUUUGUGAUUUCAGACACUCUUGCCGUUGAAGCCCUACAAAAGAUGGUCCAAGGAAAAUUCAGGCAUUUGCCCGUUGUGGAGAAAGGAGAGGUUAUUGCUAUCCUUGAUAUAGCCAAAUGUUUAUAUGACGCUAUAGCUCGUAUGGAGAGGGCAGCUGAAAAGGGAAAGGCUAUUGCAGCUGCUGUUGAAGGUGUUGAGAAACAUUGGGGCGGUUCAACGUCUGGUCCAAAUACAUUCAUUGAAACACUUCGCGAGCGAAUAUUCAAGCCUUCUCUGUCUACAAUCUUAUCUGAGAGUUCAAAGAUUGUUACUGUGAUGCCUGUGGAUACUGUUUUAAUGGCUUCAAAGAAGAUGCUUGAAUGCCAAACAAGCUGUGCAAUCGUGACAGUUGAUGAAAAACCGCAAGGAAUUUUAACUUCAAAGGAUAUUCUGAUGCGAGUGAUUGCCCUAGAUCUUCCUCCGGAGUCAACUUUAGUGGAGAAGGUCAUGACCCCAAAUCCAGAAUGUGCAACAGUUGAUACACCAAUUGUCGAGGCCCUGCAUACCAUGCAUGAUGGAAAAUUUUUGCACCUUCCUGUUUUAAAUGGAGAUGGAAUUGUAGUUGAUGUAAUUGAUGUACUUCAUAUCACUCAUGCUGCUGUUACCACAAUGGGAAGUACUGCUGAAGUCAAUAAUGAGGCUGCAAACAGUAUGAUGCAAAAAUUUUGGGACUCUGCAAUGGAUUCAAAUACUGUGGAUGAUGACGAGACACGAAGUGAGAGUUCAUUAAAAUUACUUUCUGAAGCAACUGAGACUGCGAGACCUCUUCCAUAUCCUUCCACAACAGUGCCAACAGCUUUUGCUUUCAAGAUUCAAGAUAGAAAGGGACGAAUGCAUAGGUUUACUUGUGAUACUCGAAAUUUGACAGAAUUGAUAACUGCUAUACUACAGAGAGUAGGGGAUGACAUAGAUCGCAGCAACCUGCCUCAAAUUUUGUAUGAAGAUGAAGACCAUGAUCAUGUUGUACUUGCAUCAGACAGUGAUCUUGUGGCAGCUGUGGAACAUGCAAGAUCAGCAGGUUGGAAGGGAUUAAAGUUGCAUCUCGAUUAUUCAGGCGCCCCUCGUCGUCGCAGGGGCUCUGGUUCUGGAAGUUUGGACUAUGCUCAGCCAGAUGCUUGGGCUUCUGCAUAUAGCUCUGUUGCAGCUGGGGCUGCCUUGGUUGCUGGAUUAGGUGUACUUGCGUUUUUACGAAGAGCGGGCAAUUGAUAAUUGGAGAAUAAUUUCUAAGCUUUUAGUCAAUUUCACUUUAUACUGGUCAUACAAAAUAUGUAUUUUGACAUUCUUUUCACGGGGCAUCUGCUCACCCCUUAGGUUCAUCUUUGGGCUAAAGAUCCCAUGAACAGCUAAUUUUUGUAUACACUAUGCACAACUUGUCACCAAAUCACGUGCAGCAAUUUAGCAGAAGACGUUGCUUCAACACUAUCACAAUUUAUAAUCUAAUAUUUUCGAAUAGUCCUUAACAGUACUACAUCAUUUUAAAGAAUAAAAAAUUUAUUUUAUGCUA